CAGACAAGCAGUCAGUAUCAGAUCACAUUUGUGCAGAAUACAGAAGAGGGACAAAAAAAUCUUAAUAAGAUCUGCCCUGGGGACUUUGAUCAGAUUCCACUGAACCAUAUCAGCAACAUUAAAAGGCAACACAACAUCCUCAUGGAGAGAAGCACAAUUUUCCAGCAGUUCCCUGGCAAUCACAGCCGAACCAAUAUGACUUGUUCCCGUGACAAUGUUUUGAAGACGGUGGUUUUUCCUGUUCUGUACUCCUUUCUCCUUUUGGUGGGGCUGUUGCUCAAUGGUGUGGCAGCAUGGGUGUUCUUUCGGAUCCCAUCACGGUCUCACUUCAUUAUUUACCUGAAGAAUAUUGUUGUUGCAGAUGUCAUCAUGACCUUCACUUUCCCUUUCAAGGUGUUGUCAGACUCCAACCUGGCAUCCACUGGCUUGCGUAUAUUUGUGUGUCGAGUUUCCUCAGUGCUCUUCUACCUCUCCAUGUAUAUCAGCAUCCUCUUCUUUGGCCUUAUCAGCAUUGAUCGCUGUAGAAAGACCCUCAAGCCCUUUAGGGGGACUAAUGCAGUCCGACUGGGACGUCGGAAGCUCCUUUCGGGGGCCAUCUGGACCUUCCUGCUGGUUCUCUGUCUGCCCAACGUGAUCCUGACAUCUAAAACCCCAACUUCUAAAUACUUCAAGUGCAGCGACCUGAAGACAGAAGCUGGGCUUUUUUGGCAUGAGGUGGUAAAUCAUGUCUGUCAAGUUAUUUUCUGGGGUAACCUGGUGACCGUGAUUGUAUGCUACACCCUAAUCACCAAAGAGCUGUACAGGUCCUACUCGCGCACAAAGACCCACAGCGCUGGAGGGACUAUAUGUCAAACACCAAGUGGGACAACUCGCACACCCCACAGGGCCACAAGAAAAAUGAAUGCAAAUGUUUUCCUGGUUCUGGCAGUGUUCUUCGUGUGCUUUGUGCCAUUUCACUUUGCCCGUGUGCCGUACACUCUGAGUCAGACCCGAGGGGUUCUCUUUGACUGUAAAUUCAAGCUCUUCUUCUUUCAGCUGAAAGAGAGUACACUUUUCCUCUCAUCCUUAAACUCUCUCCUGGACCCACUCAUCUACUUCUUCCUCUGUAAAUCCUUCAGGACCACUCUGUUCAAGACCCUGCAGCUACCUCCCGGUACCUGUGGCUGUCUAACAGGGAGAGGGCCAGACACAGAGACAGGCAGCACCCCUCUGAGAGACUCCUCUGGCUGUACAUGAAACCACUGGACAUGACGAGGACUUUUGUAAUGUGGUAAUAGUAUCUGAUGGUGAACUGGUUCAAGUCCCUACAGGACACACAGUGGGUGACAGACACUGUGAUGUAUUUCAAUUACAGUCCCACAGUCUGUCCUAGAGACAGAAAUGAAAUGUGUAAUGCACAGCACAUAUUUGUGUUCAUAAUCAUAAUAUUAUUAUAAAACCCAAACCAUGCCUUUAAUUAUGAAAACACUGUAACUAAUCAGUUUGUUCUCUUAUUGUGUGUGAGAAACACAGUUGCCAGUUUUUCCUUUCUGUUCUCUUCUGUUUUCAUACUUACUAAUCUAAACAUUCAUUUACAAAAUAAAAAAAAACUUUUUUGUUCA